AAAAAGUCAAAUGCAAUCAAGGAAUGCAAAGGAUGCCUUAGUUUUCUGCUUGUUGGCAGGAACUAAUAAUAAACAUAUUAAAAAAACAUAAUUUUUUUUUAAAAUCCUGGACUUCGACCAGACCUGUGACAUGGAGCUGAGAGCCCACUUGUAGAUGAUAGAUACAUAGUGCGGGCAUAGGAGCAAUCUGCUGCUUCCGUAGCCAGUGCCCAUUAAAUGACACAUAUUUAUGGAGCGAUCCUUAUAAAUCCCUGAUGCAUGUUGCAGUAAGUAUAUAAAUUCAAAUUUAUAUUUGACUUUCCCAGUGUUGGCUGCAAUGGUGGACGUAUCUGGAAAGGUUGCUCGACGCAGGCUUGGCACACAAGGCUUGGAGGUUUCAGCAUUAGGUCUUGGAUGUUCAGGACUUUCAGGAGCAUAUGGUUCAUAUUCUUCUGAGGAAGACACAAUCAAUUUAUUUCAGCAUGCGUUCAACAGCGGGAUCACAUUCUUCGACACUUCCGAUUUCUAUGGUCAUUUUGCCAAUGAAAUAUUGAUUGGAAAGGUCUUGAAAUACUUACCUAGGGACAGAAUUCAACUAGCAACAAAGUUUGGAGCUGUGAUAAAGGAUGAUUUGAGUGUUGAAGUUGUUGGUACUGCAGAACAUGUACGGAAGGCUUGUGAAGCUAGCCUCCAACGCCUAGAUGUUGAAUACAUUGAUUUGUACUAUCAGCAUCGUGUAGACCAAAAAGUUCCGAUCGAAGAAACGGUAGGGGAAAUGAAGAAGCUUGUGGAGGAAGGAAAAAUUAAGCACAUUGGACUUUGUGAGGCAAGCGUGGAUACUCUAAAGAGAGCUUAUGCUGUACAUCCUAUCACUGCAGUACAAUAUGAGUGGUCUUUAUGGUCUCGGGAUAUUGAAAAUGAAAUAAUUCCAACAUGCAGGGAGCUUGGCAUUGGGAUAGUUCCUUACAGCCCGCUAGGUCGUGGAUUUUUCUCUGGAAAAGCAUUGAAGGAAAUAAACUACGAGAAUACACGAUGGAGUAAUCAUCCAAGGUUCCAACCUGAAAAUUUGGCAAAAAACAAAGUUCUAUUUGAUCGUAUUUCAUGUCUUGCGGAAAAGCAUAAAUGCACACCAGCACAGCUAGCAUUGGCAUGGAUUCUUCAUCAAGGGGAUGAUGUAGUUCCAAUUCCAGGAACAACCAAAAUUAAGAAUCUAGAAGGCAAUAUUCAGGCGUUGAAUCUGAAGUUUUCAACCCAAGUUCUUGAAGAGAUUGCUGCUGCAGUUCCUGCAAAUGAAAUUGCAGGUUCAAGAUCCACUCCAAGGGAAUAUUAUGCUCAAUGGAAUUUUGCUAAUACCCCCCCUUUAGGGAAAAUGUAGUCAUACCCUCAAGCUACAGCACUUUGAUCAUGAGUUGAAUAAAAGCAAUUCUAGGCAAAGUUAGUGAAUGGUUACAUGGUUCAUGUGUUUGGGCUGUGUUAGGAGGUUCUUGGUCAACCAAAUAAUCUUAUAUUUCUUGGAGAAAGGACAUGGUAGUGAAGCAACCUAAGUUUACCGUCUAAUGAGUAUAUAAAUGACAGAUGGCGACUUUAAAGAUUAUCUUAUGAUUAAACUGACAAUUUGACAUCUUGAAUCAAUUCAUUUUUAAAUAUUUUAAAUAUUCGAAAAAUUAA